AUGCGUCCGAGUCGUGCAAGUCCUCGCCUGGUGUCUUACAGCGUUGCCAUCAGCGCUUGCAGCCAGUCAGCUGAGUGGCAGAGAGGCCUCCACUUGCUUCAACAUCUUCAGGUAGAGCUGUUAGAAGCAGAUGUGGUGGCAUACAGUGCUGCAAUCAACACCUGCGAAAAAGCGGGCAGAUGGCAAGAAGCUGUGGAAGUGCUGCAGUGGCUGCUGGAGGGCCAUACACAACCCAAUGUUAUUGCGUGCACUUCGCUCAUCAGCGCUUGCAGCGGUGAAGGGCACUGGGAGCAAGCACUGGCUUUGUUCAACAGCAUGACGUCGUGGGAAGUUUGCCCCAAUGUCAUCAGCUACAACACCACCAUCAGUGCAUGCGAAAAGGCAGCGCAGUGGCAACAUGCGUUGCAACUGCUGCAGUUGGCCAAGAUACACGGCGUGACACCAGAUGUCAUUUCAUUCAACACCACCAUCAGUGCAUGUGCCAGGGCUGGUGCAUGGGAGCAUGCGAUAUUUCUGUUGCAGGAAAUUGGCAUGCAGAAGCUUGAACCUACACUGAUCUCCCUCAAUGCCGGCAUCAGCACUUUCGAGAAAGCUACUCGAUGGCAGCAGUCCUUGCAGCUACUGGGCCAAGUUGAGAGCUACGAAUUGCAAGCGAACGUCAUCACGUACAGCUCCGCAAUGAGUGCAUGUGCACGAGCUGGUGAAUGGGAGCAAGCGGCACAGAUGCUGGCACAGACCAUCUCCAAAUCCCUCCGGCCGAAUGUGCUCUCCUACAGCGCAGCCAUCAGUGCUUGUGAAAAAGCAAGCGAGGCUCAGGUUGCACUCGCUUUGUUGCAACAAGCAGAAGCAACAUUUGUGCAGCCCGAUAUCAUCAUGUGCAAUGCCGCUAUCAGUGCUUGCGAAAAAGCAGCAGACUGGCAGGAAGCGUUUGCUUUGCUGCGUCGAGCGCAGCAAAGGCAGCCUUCAUGGGCAGUGAAUGUCAUCACCUUCAAUGCAAGCAUCAGCGCAUGUGAAAAGGCUUCGCAUUGGCAAAUGGCUCUAUCUCUCAUGAAAGAGUUGACAGUGACGCGCGUAAAGGCUGAUGUGAUCUCCUAUGGUUCUAGCAUCAGCGCGUGCCAGAAAGGCACCCAAUGGCCACACGCCUUUGGGCUGCUUCAGGUCUUGGGUUCUGAUGCUUUGGAACCAGAGACGACCACCUGCAACAGUGUGAUGAGUUCGUUAACUUCAAAACCAGGGCCGUGGCUCUUGGCGUUGCAUCUCCUUUUUGACGUUUGUUAUACCGCUGCUGUGAGGCCGGAUGUUGUAUCCUACAGUGCUGCCAUCUGCGCAAGGCCUCGGUGGUACUGUGCACUGCUGCUGCUGCGCCAAGCGGAGACGCAGGGCAUCGAAACGAACAGCUUUGCAUGCGCAGCUGCCACGAGCGCCUGUGGGAGAGCAGGCCAAUGGCAACAAGCCAUGUCCAUUGAGGAUGCAUUUCCAACCGAGGUGCUGACGGCCAACCCACGAUUGAGGGCUUGCGAAGUGGAAGCUGAGUGGAAACAAGCUUUAGCUCUGUGCGCCACAUUCAGGGCAAGGAUGUUGCAGUUGACCUUGGACAGCCACUCAGCGCUGGUGGGUGCCUGCGAUCGGGCUGGCUGCUGGCAGCGGACCUUGACGUUGGUUCAAGGUAUCUUCAAGCGAUCCCUGACACCAAGCACGGUGACCUAUGCUUCUGCAGUAGGGGCUGCUGAGAAAGCUAGGGAUUAUGAGCAAUUCUUGCAGCUGCUGGGGGAGAUGCAGGCCACUGGGCUGAAUAGAUCCAAUACACAAGGGGAUCGGUGGUAUUUACAGUAA